AUGGUGGUGGUGGCGGCGGCGGCGGCAGUGGCGGCAGUGGCGGCGGCGGUGAUGGUGGUGGUGGCGGCGGCGGCGGCAGUGGCGGCAGUGGCGGCGGCGGCGCGCCUUCGCGAGGGCCUCCUUGCCGCCGCCGCUGCCCGAGGCCCGCUCCACGGCCUGGCGUUGCGUGCCUUCGGCGAGUGGGUGUCGCGCCGCGGCUACAAGUACGUCGUGGACGGCGCAAACGUGGCGUACCGCAACCAAAACUACGACGGCGGACGCUUCUCGCUGGAGCAGGUGGGCCUCCUGCUCGACGUGGGCCUCCUGCUCGACGUGGGCCUCCUGCUCAACGAGCUGUGGGCCUCCUGCUCGACGAGCUGUGGGCCUCCUGCUCAACGAGCUGUGGGCCUCCUGCUCAACGAGCUGUGGGCCUCCCGCUCAACGAGCUGUGGGCCUGCUGCUCAACGAGCUGUGGGCCUGCUGCUCGACGAGCUGCGCAGGAGAUCGGGGGGAGCCGCGCCGCUGCUCGUGCUGCCAAAGGUCUGCAUUGCGCUAUGA